GGAGCGCCGGAGCUCCGCACGGAGGGAGGGAAGGAAGGAAGGAGAAGGAGGGAUCGCAGCGUCCCCGCGUCGCCUCCAUCGCCCGUUCCCCGGCGUGCCGGCCACGCCGGCCACCCCCGGGCCGGAUGCUGCUGAGGCAGCGGCGAGCCGAGGCGCUGCGAGGCUCCCGGCCGCAGAUGUCCUGUGGUAGCCUGUGCCUGCCCAGGAGGUCCUGCCUGCCUUAGCCAGCCUCCUGCCAGCGAUGGCCUCAACGCCCCAGUGAGGGACAAAAGGACGAGGAGCGAGUGUCCCCAGCACUGCCACGUCCCCUGGGAGAGCCAUGGAGGCCCCUCUGGACGUGCCCGUAGGGAACCUCAUUGACUUUGACAGCGAAAUUCCUGCCUGUGACCCCUCAGAGCCCGCUCCUCCCGCCGCUCCCAGCGACAACGGCCACCUGGGGGACGACAACGGCCACCUGGGGGACGACAACGGCCACCUGGGGGACACAGGGGACGUGGCCGCGGAGGAGAGCGAUGCCACCGAGUCAGCAGACAGCGAGAAUGACAUGGGGGACUCUCCCCAGCACUGGGGUGGCUACCGCCGCUCCUCCUCCAACGAGUCCUUCUCCUCCAGCCAGAGCACGGAGUCGGCGCGGGACGAGGCCACGGCCGAGCGCCGGGAGUUCAUGCGGAAUUACGUGGAGAAGAUCUUCACCGGGGGAGAGGAUUUGGACCAAGAGGAGAAGGCCAGGUUUGGGGAGCUCUGCAGCAGCGAGAACGGGAAGGGCAGGGAGUGGUUUGCGAGAUAUGUGAGCGCCCAGCGCUGCAACUCCAAGUGUGUCUCAGAGCAGACCUUCUACCGCCUGAUGCAGUCCUUCGCCCUCGUGCUCUUUGAGUGUCACCAGAUGGACGAUUUCAGCCCUGCCAAGAACCUCAUGACCAUGUGCUUCACCUAUUACUACAUAGGGAAACCUCACGCCCUGCCCUUGGAGGCCAAGGAGAAGCCCACGGGCAGCAUCGACUCGUACCUGAAGUCGGCGAACACCUGGCUGGCCGAGAAGAAGGACAUUGCAGAGAGGCUGCUGAAAAACACCUCGGCCAAGACAGAGAAUGUCAAGGGCUUCUUUGGGGGCCUGGAGACCAAACUGAAGGGUCCUGCCACCAAAAAGAGCGACGAAGGUGAAGACAAACCAAAGGAGAAGCUGAAGAAGACAGUGUCCCUGCAGAGCCCAGAGGAGGAGAAGAAAGGGGAGAAGAUCUACCUGUACAUGCACCUCAAGCAGCAGCCGAUCUGGCACAACCUCCGCUUCUGGAACGCCGCCUUCUUCGACGCCGUGCACUGCGAGCGCAGGAAGAGGUCCCCCACCACCAGAGGGAACACUGGGGAGGAAGAGGAGAAGAGGGAGAAGUGGUGCCACAUGACGCAGGAGGAGCGCGACGACAGCCUGCGCUUCAACGAGAACAUCACCUUCGGGCAGCUGGGCACCUUCAUCCACAACAUGCUGGCGUUUGGCCUCAACAAGAAGCUCUGCAGUGACUUCCUGAAGAAGCAGGCGACCAUCGGCAACUUGGAUGAAGAGCAAUACAAGCUGCUCAGUGACCACAUCGAGCAGAUGGCCACGGAGUAGCCGCCCUGGCCGGCACGCGGCGGUGGAGACACAGCGGCCGGACAGGUGGGGAGGGGAGAGGAACCCACCUCCGGGGCUACCUGAGACUGAAGCUGGGCUACCUACAAACCAAACCACACACACACGAGCUGCAAUAAAACCUGCAUGAUCGUCCAUCAAACUCUAGAGCUGCCCCAGGGCAGCCUGUAGACAUAGGAGCCAAACAGCCCCCGCCCUCGCCAGACCCUCCCGCCUCUGUUGUCGGAGUAGACAAUCCCAAAAGUGAAUUUGGUUGGUUAAAAAGCAAAACAAAACACAAGGGGAAAGCAGGAAGAGCGUGGCUGUGCAGCCCCCAGGUGCUGUGUCUGCAGCCCCCCCCCCCCCCCAUGAUGAGGUCUCUGGUGGUAAAUCCAGAGGGAUCCAAGGCUGCCUUUCCCUGCUGGAGUCCCCUCGCUGCUGCUGGAGCUGCACCAGGGAUGCAGGAGGUGAUGGCAGGGACCAGAGCCAGGAGCUGGGGCUGCACCCAGCCACCCCUCAGGUUCUCUGCUGUCCCCAGGGGUGUCACCACUGCCUGGGGACAUGGGCAGGGUGGGGCCUUGCUGGGGGCAGAGGUGGGGUUGGCAAAGUGCUGCUGCCACCCUCCUUGGGAGCCCGAGGGAAAUCCUUCCCUUGGGAAGCCUUCUCUGUGCCGCCUGUGUGGGCUUGUACCUCUGGGCAAAGGGACAGCAGUUUGCUCCGAAUCAUUAGCCUGGAUCAGUAGGAAAAAAGCCAUGGCCUUGGGCAGGAUUGCAGGCAGAGGCAGAGGAGCUCUGCUUGGCUUGGGAGGAGAUGACAAAAGACCUCAUCCCUCUCCCUGCUGCCCUGUCAGUGUCGGGAUGCUGCUGGAUUGUGACAUUUCCCAAAGCCUCCUGGCGUCCUGUGGCAGUAGAUUAAUUGUCCUCCUUUCCCAGGCUGCUCCUCUCUGCCCUCUCCUUCUCCAGCUCUUCGCCCCAGCUGCUCAUCCAUCAAACCUGAAACAGCCCUGUCGAAAGGACAUCUCCUGCUCUGCCCCAGGGGCUGCAGCUCCCACCAUGCAGCAGAUCUGUUUUAUCCCUUGGACCUUGGCACGGUGUUUGAGAGAGGCUGGGGACACGGGGACAUCGCUGGGGACACGGGGACAUCGCUGCUCCCCUCUGCAAGGAGCAGCCCACAGAGGCAGAACCCCCCAGCCCUGCACAGCCAAGGCUCCAACAGAGUCUAACCCCAAAAAAUCAUCCUGAAACACCUGAGUCCGGGUUUCAAUCAAUCCAUUUUCCCUGUGCUGCCAGCUGUAUCCCAGAGGAAAUAGCAUAAAAGGAUAUUUUUUUCCAUGUAGCUCUUGGCUUCUGGUGUCAUUUCCAAGCAUCAAAGUGAUGCUUUUACCUAAGCUGGGCUUCCCUUGCUGCUGGGGAUGUGAUCCAUGCUGGGUCUUGUAAGAAGGACAAAUCCAGCACCAAUUUUUCCUUGGCCAUUCCCAAACCUGGGCAGAGCUUCUGGAGAAGGGUUUUUGUUGGGGUCAGGGGCUGAUGUUGGUCCCUCAUCCCAAUAAACAACUUCCUGCUGGAUCAAAUGUGCUGCACCAUGAGCAGCUCAGCAUCCUGGAGCAUCCCAUCCCCGUGGCCUUCCCUGUCUCUGUCUCCACUCAGGUCUUUCCCAAAUCCUCCUUCAUUUCUUUAUUAUUAUUAUUAUUAUUUUCCAACAUGAAAAGAAAUGUUCAGCGCUGAAGAAUAUAUAUUAUUUGCAUGUGUAUUUUUCUAUAAAAACAAUUAAAAUCCAAUAAAAAAAUAGCCAUAAACUCUCCUCAGCCGGGAAUGUGUGAAGGAUGGGAUGUGAGAGAGAAAGAGAGAUUGGAAUAAAUUAUCUUAGAAAUGAA